GAAGAAAACGGGGGGGGGGAGAGAAAUAAAUCAUUGACCUAUCAACGUUCGCAUUCCCCACGUGGGAUAGGAGGAAGGCGGGACCUUUUCUGCGAUUGCCCAGCGGAGCCAGCCAAUCUGCGUUACUGUUGUCCACGUGAGUGAGAAAGCUUCGCCCUCAGUGGUUCGAGCUCACGCUCCAGUGGCCAAUCAGAAGAAGCUGCGCAGGAUUCUCGCGCUUUGGCAGUUGCAGAGUCCGUUUGACUCGCGCCCUUCCCCCCCUCCUCCUCCUCCCCCCGGUUUGAAAUCGACGGCUGGGCUCGCGCUUUCCCCCUUUUCCUCUCCUUUCCGAGUUUGAUCUGUCGGUGCGACCGGAGUUGAAUCCACCAUGAGCGGGGACGGUGGGGACUGGGACCCACCAUCCCCGCCCGCUAAGCAGCGUCGCCUAGAUCCGGCUUGUCAGUUGCAGAAGGAGACCGAAGCUGCCCAAGCUCUGGCUGACAUGACGGCUUGGGGCGGCGGGAGCCUUGAAACCGUCAGCCAGCAGGGGGCGCGCGAAACCGCCCCUGCCAAGAAGGGGCGCCUGGAGACGGUGGACCAGCAGGGGGCGCGCGAAACUGCCGCUGCCGUGGCUGCUCUGGUGGAGCGAAGCACCCCCAGGAAGGACUUGGGCAGCGGCACUCGGGAUGGCCACGCAGGAGGCGGCGCGGGGGACCUGGAGACCGCCAGGCACGAAGACGCGGAGGCGCAGCAAAAGCAGGGCAGCGCUGCUGGCGGAACGGGAAGCGACAGAGCGACGCCAGGGCUGCAGCCCCCAAGCGCCACCAGCGAGGCGAAGGGUGGCCUCGACACCCGCCAUGUGACCGCUGAGGCUGGGGAUGGCCGGGAGGGCCGGAGGAAGAGGAAGGAGGCCAAGGAGAGGCGGAGGGCCGCCGAGGCCGCGCGGGAGGCCACGGAGGACGAGUGCUCCAUCAUCUCAGUGGGGGAGGAGGAGGACGACGACGAGGAAGAGGAGGAGGAGGAGGAUGGAGGACGGCCACAGCCACCUCGCAAAACCGAGCAGUACCUGGAAGCGCUGGAGGCCGUGCAGCUGGAACUGGAGGCCGUGAACCAACAGGCCAGCCGGGCCUUUGCCCAGCUCAAGGCCAAGUUUGGCCACAUGCGGCGCCCACACCUGGAACGGCGCAACCUCAUCGUCCAGAACAUUCCUGGCUUUUGGGUCACUGCUUUUCUUAAUCAUCCCCAACUUUCAGCCAUGAUCAAUGACCGUGAUGAGGACACACUGAGCUAUAUGACUAAUUUGCAGGUUGAGGAUUUCACCCAUGCAAAGUCAGGCUGCAAGAUCAAGUUCUACUUCAGCAGUAACCCCUACUUCCAAAAUGAAGUCAUCGUAAAAGAGUUCCAGUGUGGCUCCUCUGGGAGGAUGGUGUCCCAUUCCACACCCAUUCGUUGGUGGCGUGGCCAGGACCCACUCGUGCAUGGCCGAAAAAACUUUGAGAUGAACCGCAGCUUCUUCAGUUGGUUCUGUGACCACAGCUUCCCUGCAGGAGACCGUAUUGCUGAGAUCAUUAAGGAGGACCUCUGGCCCAAUCCGCUUCAGUACUACCUGAUGGGGGAGGGUGGUGAAAAUGGUGAAGACGACAGCGAGACAGAGAAUGGUGAUGACUUUGUGGUGAUUGUGGAUGAUGAUGGUGAGGACGAGGAAGAAGAGAUAGCAGACGUGCACGAGAUCGUGGAUGAGGAGGAAGGUGGACAUGGGGAAGCUGUGGAAGAGGUUCUGAGUGGCCAAGAAGAGGAUGCCACUGGUUCCAGGUCCUCCCUCUGUGGGGAGCCAGAUGGGAAGGAUUCGGAGGCAGAAGAAGAUGGCUAGCUCAUUAUGGAAGGACUGUGUGUCUGGUUGGACUUUCCCAUGGUGACCUCAUUGGCACUUUGACUCUGACCAAUUGCACUUGGACAUGGCAGGAGGUGUAGGGGAGGUUUCGAAGGCACCUUCCUGCUCAGGAGCAGUCACAUUGGUUAUUUUAUACCUUUUAUUUAUUGCAGCGACUGCAGUUCCCUCUCUGUCCUCCUGGGGGGUCACCACACACCAGCAGCCCCCUUUCUUAAUUGUCUGAUGCUUAGCAUCUCUUCCUACCUGCCUGCACGGGGCUAUAUGUGUACUUCGCCCCCUCCCCUGGUGGCUACUCGGGGUGCUUCCUGCCCAGUGGCCUUUUCAAACACAGCUCAGGGUUCCCUUGUUCCAUUCAGCAUUAUUCAGCUGUUGACGUUUGCACCUUCCCUGCACUCCCAACGAUGAGGAUUCUGCUUGCCCUGUAGACACUUCAGCUUGAGAAUGCCCGUUAGGUUAGUGCCUCCUGCAGUCACAAGAUAGUCCCAGUCCUGCUUUCUCCCCAUCGAAAGAGUAAAGCCCACCCAUCUAGAGACUCUUCCGUCCCAAUGCUUUGCCAACCUGAACUGGGAUUAAAAUAGUUGCUGCCGGUCCAGAUGAUAGGCUCGCACCUGUUGGCUUAGUUGAAGCAAUAAUAGCUCCCUGGUGGGGUUGCUGUGUGUGAAGGAAUGAGUCCCUGGCUAAGAAAAUGGCCAAGGCCCUCUACCCUCAUGCUCAGUGCUUUCGCCAAUGCCCCAGGGCAUGAUGGUGGAGCUGUGAGGGAGGCUGUUUCUUGCAACAGCAUGGCACUGGGGAUAUCCUCACACCUACCAACUGUGGCACCCUUCAAAUCUGUGUACAAGUGCAUACAGUUUCCUAUCAAUGUUUCUAAAGCAUCACACCCAGUUGGCCCUGUCCCCUGCACCCAUAGAGGUUGUUCUAUGCAAUGCUACUGAUAUUUGUAGAAAGGCAAUUGUUUUCCUUUGCUGGGUUAUUUUGUAUAUUUCGUAUCAGGACUUUGUAUGGUUUUUUUUUUUUACUACAAAAAAAAGCACUUAAUAUACAGAGAGCUUUCCAAA